AUGCCUCGUGGAUGGGCGCAUGAUGAAGGUGUCUCCGAUAAGUGUUUCCUUCACUCGCAUCUUGCUAAUAUGGCGGCCAGGUCCUGGUUGAAGACGGCGAUGUCUACUCUGCCUGGUCGUGAUCAUACGUCUUUAGACGGCAAAGGGGGUACAGAAUCAGCAUUGAAAAAGACAGAUGCCACUAGCUAUGUAUAUUACCGUCUAUACACCAAACUCGGUGCAUUCGAAUCGAUUCACCCCCUCUACCACAACGACCGUUUCAUUGGCCGCAUUCCAACGAAAUCCUUUGCCCCUCCUCAUACCAUGGCGUCUAUCAAGCUGUCGCUAUGCGGACUUGAGGACCUUUCGGAGCCCGACAAGGCGCUUCUCUUCACAUCGCUCUCAAGCCCAGCACCCAAAGAAGACUCUGCCCGCCUCUCUUUGAGCGCUCCUUCUGCCCCAGGCAUGUCCGAACACGAUCCGAUCGCGUUGGUAGUCAACUCAGAGGAGAGGACCAAGGAGGUCUCGCAACCAAAGAAACUGCCAGCACGCUCUGAUGAUACCAAAAUCCAUCACGGGGGAAAAGGAGAUCAAAAGGCAAAGACGUGCUUUGACGAACGUGACAUUUCGUUGGGGCGCAUCAACACCCUCUUCAUCGCGCCCCCUCACACCGCUGGGUCUUUGAAACUGUGCAUCGAAAACGUUGAAGGCCUCGUUACGCCGGGUCAUGCACUCUACAAGGAUAUGGAACUCUUCAAAGACACGGAUAGUGACACUGCCAUGAACGACACCGAUGUCAUAUCCUUUCAAGGUGACACUUAUCCGGCGGGCAGCGAUCAAGGCAAUCCCGUAGCCCUUGUCAAUGCAACCACCAAUACAGCUGCAGACCAAGAUGAAGGCGAUCACGUAGCCCCUGUCAAUGCAACCACCAAUAGAGCAACGGACCAAAAGGCUAAACCUACACCAGGUAAAGUUCUCAGUGAAUAUCCACUAGACACUGCGCCAACAAACCGUUUUUUCAAUCAGAUGGACCAGAUUCAAAAUUCACGAGACGCGCUCGGUUUAUUGUCCUAUCCCACUGCAGCUGUGACAAAAUAUGAUCUCACCUGGCCAUCAAUACGGGAAAAUGAGACUGUUUACACGGAUGGGGUUCUCGUCUCUGAGUCCAGGUGGUACAAUCCUACCAUGUCUUCUCCAGGAUACAUGGUGAUUAAUUCCAAGGGUAAAAAAAGCUUUGUGCGUCAGCAUAUAUACACGAACAAAAAACCGAAAACGCUCGCAUUCAUUUAUUCAAUUCCUCGUCAGCAUCAGUCAAAAAGAGAUCGUAAAAAAGUCGUCAAGGUCAUAAAAGUCAUGAACCUGAGCAAAGCUGCUCCCACCAAGGUCAAGCAAGGUCAACUACCUCCUGCUCUUCCUCUUCAACCAACUCCACACCCCAACCCCAGUCAACCUCCUCACAAGCACCUUCAACACAGCAGCGCACACGCCAAUGCCAACAAGGACGAGAAUAUUCUUCAAGCUCACGUCCUCUCUGACCAAGCGCCCGUUGCAGCCCAUCAACCGCUUGCUCUAAUUCCACAACCUUUUCUUCCCUCCAUCGUACCUCACGCUCCAUCCUUUCAACCGCCCUCUCCCUCUUUCUCUCUCCGCCCAACCGCCUCCUCACGUCGCCCCACCGCCUCCUCACGAUACCCAACAACCCUCUUUUCGAUCCUCUCCUGUCUAGCCGCCAGCCCCAGCUCACGUUGGUCUGGGGCUUCUUCGCGGGUUGUCGAUGGUGUCAAGCUUCUUUCUGUUUCCGCUCCUGGUUUAGUCUACCCAGAAUCGGUCACCGUCGUACCCACACCAGCACUGGAAAUAGGUGGGGUCUACGAGAAGGUGUUGUCCGCUACGUGGCGGGAGAGGAAGGGACGCGUGUGUUGUUGGCCUGGACCGCCUAUGCCCAGAGGGGUCGGAAUUGCAGUGAAUGGGGGUAUGGAACCUGAAGAUCCCGUUGGGAGUAAAGAUAAGGGUAGAGGCGCAUGA